GUAGUCUCUAUGUACCAGCUUGUACAGGUUCUUGGAUAGUUGGAGGUCCUAUUGACCCCGGAGAGACAGUUACGCUACGGGUUCUUCUAAGGGAUAAAGCGAACGAGCUCAUGACGGAAGCGACCUAUAAAUUUAAUACCGAGGUGUUUCGAGCUUUUGGCGAUCGACCUUUCACUCCUCCUUCUAUAACCUCUUCUGCAACCGUGGGUACUCCUGGAAGUAUAGACUUCGUCGUCAAAAUGCAAACUGCAGGGGUUUUCGUCUUUAAAAUAACUUCUCAAGCCGGAGAUGAACAGAUUGAAGGAUCGCCUUUUCAAUUCACAGUGAAGACAGGUGUGUUUUACCUUCCCUCUACGAAGGGUGCUUGGCCCGGGGGAGUCAAUACCCUUCCAGCUGGCGCUCAAUCAUCUUUCAGGUUGCUGGCAAUGGAUAAAGACGGAAACAUCAUCAACCCACUACCAGCAGGAGCACUUAUCGUUACUGUAGAGAAACUUGCCACAGACAACAGAAUAUUACCAGACACUCCUGUCACUGUUAAGUCUGAAUUUCCUGAUACUGGUUAUCAGCUUUUGGGUUUUGUUCCGAAAUUGACCGGGAAGUUCGAUUUGAAAGUUACUGGUAGUGAUGGAACAAGUAUUCCCGGCUCUCCGUUUGUGUUUACUGUAAUCCCGGGUUCUCCUUCUCCGCUGAAGUCGAUGGGUGCUUGGUUCAAUAGCGACAAAUUUUCUGUUGGAGCCAGAGCUGAGUUUGUUAUAACUCUUGUUGAUGCUUAUGGAAACAUCAUCACAACCGCCUCGAGGGGUGGCUCAAGACUUGCAAGCUUCAAUUGGAUCACAUCAGUCACCAAUCAGGACAAUCCAUCGAUAGCUGUGCCGUACACUGUGACUGUAGGUGCUCCAACGGAUGCAGGAACUCAGUCCUUGACGUUUGCUCCAUCUACUAGCGGUAGUUUUGUACUAAAUGUUGGAACAAGCGCCGAAGUGCUCCAAGGAUCUCCCUUCCCGUUCAAAGUCAGGGCAGGAAAUCCGGUUAUGGCCAGUUGCACAGCCAGCUGGAUAGAUGCCACGUCUAACCCGCCAAAGUUCCCUGCUGGAUCUCGGAUUAAAAUGGAAGUGACUCAGAAGGAUGCGAAGAAUAAUUUAUACCUUGACGUUUUCCUAUUCAUCUUGAAAGUGAUUCCUGCGCCCUCAACUACUUCUGCGCCAAUACCAUCUUUGAGUUUAUCAUCACCUGCAAAAAAUCUGACUACGGAGGAGGGCCCAAACCUUGCUCAGGGAAAAGUUUUUGUAACUUUCACGGCCAUAGCAUCUGGAGAAUUCAAAUUCCAUGUUGGAGAUGGCACAGCUGAAAUUAGUGGUUCACCUUUUACGUUUCUUGUAGAUGCAGGCCCUUUGUCAAUAUCGAAUAUAACAGGAGGAUGGUCCAAUUCUAGAAGCGUGUUUGGGCUUGGGGUGAAAGCUGCUUUGCUGAUUACCCAGCGAGAUACCUAUGGUAACCCUGCACAGCAAGAUAUAAGCAAUCCUUUAGCCGGAACAGCAUAUUUCUCAGCACGGCUUUUCACAGCUGGAGAAACCCAUUCUGAGCUUCAGGGUUCUGACUUGACGAUUCUGCCUUUGGGAAGCCCAACCUUCAUCCAGGAAAAACUGGAAUUUACCACCAGUCAGGUUGGCAACUUUGAACUGGAGGUUUACGCUUCCAACGACAGAUUCAGCCUAGCAAACAACUGGUUCGACUGGGAAGAGGUUCCUUCGGUUCAAAUCGUUGGAUCACCAUUCAGCUUCUCUGUCGGCGAAGGUGACCAGGAGAUAUCUAUGUACCCGUAUGCAACGCGUCCGGGACAGGUCUAAUCGGUGGAGCUGCAGGAGACACGCUGCAGUUCACCAUAUUCACAUACACCAAAUCGCUUGUUGCUUCUCCUGCACCAGCCUCCAUCUUCAAGGUUGAAUUCAACACUGACGUGUCUGCCAAUGUUACGUUCACGGAGGGCUCUGGUAAUAUGAUAAAUGUUCAAUAUCGAAUAACUGCAGCCUCUGGACCUUCGGGUUACGCCAUGACAGUGAAAGCUGCCAAUACUUCUUCAGAAAUCCGCGGAAGUCCUUUCGUCGUCAAAAUAUCUGCAGGGCCUUUUGUCAUUAGCUUCUGCUAUGGACACUUCGCAGGAGGCAAUCCAGCUUUGCCCGUGGGAAAACUUGCAACGUUUAUCAUAUACCAAAUGGAUGCCUUUGGCAAUAAGCUCUACACUAACAGCUCUGGAGUUCAUGACUUCACUGUCAAAGUCUUUACGGAAGAUAAAAAGUCGGUUACACUCGACAUCAAAAUCACUCCGUCCGCUGCCAAUAAGGACCAAAUGCUGGUCACGUUCAACAUCACAAAUCUAGGGAAGUACUCCCUCGAGGUUGGAGAUACGACAGGAUCAAUAAAAGGGUCGCCAUUCGGGUUCUCUGCCGUUGAAGGUGUUGUUAUUACCGCAGAUGAUUGCGCGGCUCAGUUCGUACCCAGUCAAGAUCUGAAAGUAGGAGUGCACUUAACUAUCAUUAUUACUACAAAAGAUGAUGCAGGACACACGAAAAAAUCUGGAAACAUAUUGGAAUUUGCUGUGACAUCAGUGCCGCCUAUGACAGGAACACCCGACCCUGUCGCACCUCUGGACAUGGAUAAUGGAACUUAUGUUGCAACAAUCAAAAUCACCUCUGCGGGAUUUAUUUCAUUUCUAAUCACCUUGUUUGACGAACCAAUUCCUGGGAGUCCUUUCGAGUUUGAGAUCGAAGGAGGUGACGCCUUACCGCGUGCAGUAUUUGACGAUGUCUGGACCUGGAUGAACUAUCCGCUUACAUUCAACGUGCUGUCUAAUGACUAUGUAAAGAGCGGAUCGCCAAUCUUCAUUAAAAUUGACGAUCCGGAAAAUGGUGCUAUGGUGGUAGGUCUGGACGGAACGAUGAUUUACACUCCAGAUGCAGACUUCUCUGGAAAUGAGUAUCUGAUUUAUGAGAUAAAAGAUGAUUCUGGUGAGAUAGCUUUUGGGGAAGUUUCUAUUACGGUAACCCCACCAGGGCAGCCGUAUAUCAGUGCAUUUCCCAGAUCGGUCUCUGCGUUCGAGGAUCAGCCACUUCCCGCUACUGGGGGAAUGAAAAGCGUGGAAGUGGCUUGUUUACAGACGGACUCGAUUUUAUCAGCAGAGCUGUUUGCAUUGAAUGGGCGAGUAUAUCCAGCAGCUGACAUUUCUGAGCCCUGGCAGAAUGUUACCGUGAUAGUACCAAAUGAUGUCCCUGAGGAGAAUGUAACCAUGCCCGAGGCAUCUGAAAACAUGUUUUUCCAGCUAAAACUUUCUGACGAAAUCACGAGAACAAAUGAUGACUCAAAUGCCUUGCGCUUUUCUGCAAAAGUGGAACAAUUGAAUGCUGCUCUGAAAGCUCUGCAGUACAUGAGCCUUGGAGAUUUCAACGGAAAUGACACCGUGUAUUUCACCGUCCUGAACUCGAAUGGCGUCGGGUGCACGAAAAGCAUGUCGGUCUACGUGAGAGCUGUCAACGACCCGCCUUACGUCAUCGGCCCAAGCUUCUUCGCUAUCAAUUUGAGCACCACGGAAUCCUUCGGAAGCGAUCUCACCGGUGUUGGAGUGCCCCUCGCCCAACUCUCUGUUGCAGAUCCGGACGCAGAUGACCCAACAGGAUCCGCAACUUAUGUCCUCGCUGGUACAGUGGAGGUGGAAAGUGGGGCCAUACAGAUGACCAUACCUCCAUCUGGGUACACUACAGCAAGUUACAGAGUUGUAGGAGACAAGAAUUGGUCAUCCAUACCUGAGCAUCAGAUCGUCGUUUGGGGACAGGGCGUAAGAUUUGUAGCAUCGCUCAAAGAUUGGAAUACUGCUCUGCAAGCAAUUUUGUUCAAGAGUGACAAUGAUAGCACGCAGAGAGUUCAGCUCUCGCUACUUUUUGAUGAUCUUGGUAACUUUGGGUGCGUCGGUGAUUGCACCAGCAGAGAAUCAUAUUCUUAUGUAGCGCAGCAUCAAAUGGCCAUUAUGAUUUACGACAAGAAAUACAAACCUGCAUACAAAUUAAGAGCGUUUGUGAAAUUUAUUCUGUACGCGAUGGGAGGGAUAGCUGGGUUGCUGGCUGUCUUCUACUUGUCAGGAAAGAGCACACGCAACUGUAAAAGAACGAGGAGGACGGUUCAUGAAUUUGACGAGGGCGAAGAGAACUUCAAGAUGAUAAGGGUGUACAACCCAUUAUGGAUACCUACGUACCAGAAACCCGACGCUGCUACUGUCCUGGAACCGACUGGUCCAGGGUUCGAAGUAUUUCAGAACUGGAAGAUGGAAGCUAUGGUUCCACCUGAAGACGUUCCACAUCUCGGUAAUGAAAGGAUGGCCUCUUUUGCCACUACCUGGGGAGCAGAUGGUAACCCACAGGCACCUGCUGACCAUCCUCAGAGUAGAGGCAGAGGACGGAAGUUCUCAGUGAAGUGGUCCCAGGACCAAGGUAUUGGAGGACCAGAUUCUGCAACUCUCGGUGGUUUAGAGGGUGGAUUUGAAGAAAUUCAACCAUCUGGUGGUCCUGAUCCUCCGCCUCCCGGGGCGUUUCCGGAGGCACCGGCGGCAACUGAGCCCUUCGAUCCGUUUGCUAAUGCAUUCGGAGGCUUCGGAUUUGAAGAUUCAAGCUCUCCUCCUCCCCCUCCUCCUCCUGGUGGCACUGGUGGGAAGAAGGCUUUCACUGGUUUCGGAGAUGAAGACGAGGAGGAGCAUGGUGAUGAUGGUAAUGGUAAUGGUAAUGUACCGCCUCCUCCUCCUCAAUCGCAACAAUCCUCUGGUGCUCGCCACACAAUUCAUACUGCUGGCAUACCUGGAGCUGGAGCUGAUCCUCUUCAACCGCCACCUCCUCAAGCUAACAACGAUCCCUUCUCGAUCUCUUUCAACGAUGAGCCGGCUCCUCCGCCUCCAGCAAUGGAUAACUCCUUCAGCGUUUCGUUUGGAGACCCACCUCCUCCACCACCGUCAUCCUCGUGACAGAAACUGUGCAAUCCGGAUCUCCUCGUAGGAAUGCAAAACUGCUGAAAACCGCAGUCAGUCUGAUCGUUACGAUUCUUAUCUCCUCCCGGGAGAGCAGGAAGACCGUCGUAAUGUGAAUGACCUUUCUCAGGAUCUGAAUGAGCUUCUCAUGUUAAUUUUCAGCUCAAUUUUUAUAAUCUCGUCGCUUUACACUUGAGGUUAGCACAACGAAGCCACGUUCCAACGACAUAGUUCUGGAGUGUGUAGCCAAGACCGGUUGCUCCUGAAAGGACAGCAACGGCUUGGAUCCACAGAAACACAACUCGUAAAGUUUUUCAGAUUUGCAUGAACGAGAUGAACAAGAUGGCCUGUCUAUCUAGGACAAAGUCAGAGCUACUUUCCCAGUUUCGUUACCGUGCUCCAAUACUAGCUUCUGUGGGGCCGGCAAAUACUUCGAUGAAGGCUUUGCAGCUUUCCAAUGUAAGGUACCAGACAUUCGCCUGCCAAGAAGCUAUGACCUCUAGUAUACACUAGUAUACUAGCCACUGAACUGGAACUACGAAUGGUCCGACAAUCUGCCAUGUUAAGCUCGGAAGGUACAGCGUUGAGGGCAAUCGUAUAGACAUGUGCUAGUUAUCUGCAACACAAGGCUGGAACUGAAAAACUUCGUUUCGUAGGAUUUGUAGGUUUGUGUGUGUGCUCUAAUGUUGGAGUUCCGAUCAGACUUCAUCUAGUGCGUAGCUUCAUCCCGCCAUGAGAAAUUAUCAUGAACAUGGAGAUUACUGCUGACUCUCUUAUGAUGAGGUCCAACUAAGACAGAUCUCUGUCUAAGUGGGUAUAACCACGUAGCGAUAGCAAUUUGCUCCGCUGAAGAGGGUGCAGACAGAUGAUGUGGGACCUUAUAAGCAUGUGGAAUGGUCUGCUUAACGAUAUCGAAUUUACUAGAUCAGAACCAGCAGAGCAGUACAAUGCCUCGAAAGCAAGCUCCUGUUACCUCCGGAUGUUUCAGUUCAAACCUUAAGGAGAGAAAAUUGCAGUUUAAUGUAUACAUUUACAGACUGGAUGAUUUGUGAUGGAUUCUGCACAUGGUCGCAAAAGCGCAUGCUAGUGACCUGUUUGCCCGACGACGAUGGGAUUUUCGGGUAGGGAAAUGAUCAGGAGCAGAGCAAUCACGGAUAAUCCACAUGCAGAGCUUUUGGACAAUGAGGCUGCUGGUACUUCUUGCCUCGAUUACAAUCUUCCUGCCUCGAUGUACUUCGAUAAAUAGACGAUGCUUGAUUGUAGCUUCUCAGCCUGCACUCUCCGGAUGGAUAGAAUUUGAAUCCAAGCAAGUGAAUUGGGUGUCAUAUCCGACAGCUGAAGAUCUCAAGAGCUCGCCUGAGGCGUGUACUUUGAUGAGAAGCAGGCAUCCGAACGUUUGUUGGUACUCACAGAAACACAAGUGACAGACGCAGUGCAUGAAGAUGUUCGAGUAUCAUGGUCAUUUGUAAGGAGUCCGGU